GGUUGAUCGCAUGUUCAUUUGGUCAAGUGGGCUUCUCUGUUCGACUCUUGUUCUACUGCUUUGUGGACAUGUUGCAGCGGACCAGAAUGAGACAGACACAACUGACAUUAUAUUGAGCUACAGGCCAUCGUUGUCGUACUCCCUUCCCCUCCAAGUUCUCCUGUUCACCAUCAUUUGUACAAUUAUUCUCGUGUUAUGUGUUCAUUUGGCUUUCACAUCGUCCACCCACUGGAGCCUUUCUCCUUCAUCAUUUUCCCUCCAGUUAUCGGCUUCUGUGUUCUUUCUAUCGACACAUGGCGCCAUACUCAUCAUGGUGCUGAAGAUUGCGAGCCGGCAAACGUUAAAGUGGCCGUAUAUGUUCUCUUGGGUUGCUGUGGAAAUACCUCCCCAGAUACCACCAGUGUGGUCAAGGGCGCGAGUCAUCACUUGGUGUGUCGCCAGAACGAUUAGCUCAGCCCUCGUGCAGGCAUCGCAUGUGCAUUUAUUAACCCUGCUCUAUCCUUCGCGCUUCGAAUCCCUUCUGCUACACUGCACGCUCGGCCCGCUCGUUGUGGUGUGCGCCGUCACUCAAUUUUUACCUUUAAUCCCACCUGCGCACCCGGACUAUAUUCACGUCACAUACGCCAUUCGGAUGACCUGCACCGCCUCUCUCGCAAUCCUCUUUUCGUCACUGCUGCUUGUCUGGUCUACACCCUUCUUCAAUUCUUCUCCACCCGAGGAUGACGUUGUGCCGACGUCUACACCAUCUACAAAGCCACAUCCACCCGUAUCCUCUGCUGUUUCUUCACCACACUCAAAACCGCUGCAUCCCCUUGCUCACCUCUUUCUCAGUUCGACCCCUCUGCCGCGAGCACGCUCCCUAACCAAGCUCUUCUCCUCGCGAGCUUGGUCUCGGCACUCUGGCACCCUAACACUCGCACUCUCAACGCUCUCACUCUCUCUCUUCAACAUUAUUCUCUCCCUUGCUUGUCUUGUCCAUGCCGCUCACCCAACAGCCAUCAGGGGCUCAACUAUCGUGAACGAUGAGGGUGGUCUGACUGUGACGAUGGUCAGGGAGGCGCCGUGGCAGUUGGCGAUGAUCUGGGCGAUCACACUUUGGCAGAGUUAUCUGGGAUGGUGGUGGUGGAUCUGUGCAGGCGGGGAUGUGGACGGAAGCGGAAGUGAUGGGAGGGAGCAGAAGGAAAGGAAUAUUGGGCUCGGAGGCAUACAAGGCGCGAAGGUGCAACUUGGCAAGUUGGGAAGGAGAAUAAGGAGGAGGAAAGAUGUAGGAAAGGCGAAAGCCGUGGUGAACAAGGAAAUGGCUGGAGAGGAACAAACAUACCGGGAAGCGAUGUUGGACAGCCCGAAGAUACUGGCCGCUGGGAGCACCUUUAUACCUUCACCAUCGCGCACCUCCAAUCCUGCCUCGUCGACAGCACCUAUGGGGAAAUGAUUGGGUGGUUUGAGCCAAGAGCUUGAGUCAUCGGAAGGUGCGGGAGCCUGAGCGUACUCCCUCUCUCCGUCUGUGGAACGAUCGUGCAUCGGAGUAUAGUAUGGAUACCUGUGUCGAGAAACUUACAGAAGUUUCGCCUUUCCGGGUCCUUCCGCACCCGUCGAUAUUAUGGAUCGACAUCGGAGUAUAGUAUGGAUACUCUAAUCUUCGUCGAGGAACGAAUACUAUGCCGAUCGCACAUCGGCGUUUGAUGAUCAGUGUACACCUAUUUGUUGUCCGCUUUCGAGCUUUGAUGUUUCUAGCUGUUGUAUCCGUACUUUAUACCUCCUCCAAAUUC